CUGUGGGGAGCGCCCCCGGCUGCGCAGCAGGGUUGCCCGGCGGCCAGGGUCGCGGCGCUCCGCUGCUUCACGGUUACGGCGCGGCCGUUACCGCCCAGUGGCGGCCGGCAGGGCUGCUCGUCUCGGAGCCUCACUGGCGGUGAGGAGAGGCGGCCUAAGGAAUAGCUAGUAAGGCUAAAUCCAAAGUUCUAGACCCAAAUACGACUUGUCUGUAUAUACUAUAUACGUACACGAUUACACAAAUACAAUCUGCGAAGGUAUUUCCAAAAACCUCAUAAUGAGAAACCAGCCAAUUCCUGCUUGCAAAGGGACAGUUUUAUACACAGGUAUACGGUGCUUCUCUGCAGGCUGUGACGUUUCAGUCAGACCUGGGCACAGUGUGAAGGCUAAGCCUGACCUUCCCAGAAGAAGAGACUGGCUCAGCGACCCCUGGGCUCAGCGCCUCCAAGGACAGACUGCCAGCAGGCCCUGCCUCGGUUCCCGUAGCAGCAAGUUAAAACCCAAGGACGAAUGCUGUGCAGGGAGAUUGGUGCUUACCCAGCCAACAUUUGUGUUUGAAAACAAGGACCGACCUUCAAAGAGGCCUGCAGAAGACCCAGAUCGUAAAUCUGAAAAUGAUUUCAAUAAUUGUUCCAGAAAGCGUGCAAGAUCAUCAUCUUUUAAUUUGCAGAAGUAUGGCUCUCAGUCUAACACAGAUGCAACUCUUAGUCCACAAAGAGGGAGGUCAUCGUCCUUUACUGUCCUUCCUACCUUCCCUCCCUCCCAGCCAGUGAAGAAGAAUAACAUAUUCAUGACCUCAGGUCUCCUUCGAAGGAACCAUGACUUGAUCAAAAGUUCAAAAGAAGGAUCCUUGUCACAAACUCAACUGUGGAAUGUCAUUAGACCUGCUGUUUUACAACCCCCAGAAAAAAAGGAAGAAGCACAUAUUCAGCUAUCUGAAAACAGCUCUCACUCCUCAGCUGAGAAGUCAGUAAGUUCCGUAACAGCAAGCUCAUCUACUACCGUGAAUAUUUAUAACUACAAAAAAACACAAAGUCAGUUGUUUGAAGACACAAAUCUACAAACCAACAUCAAUUCUGAUUUUGUGUUUGGAGAAAACAUGGUUGAGAGAGUUUUGAGUCCUGAAAAUCAUCACAAACCAUUUAAUGAACUUGAUUCAUGCAAAGGAGAAAUAACAUCCAUGUACCCUGAAUCUUUUCAUGUCAGUCCACAAACAAAAUCAGCUUUAUUGAGGAGUGUGACACUAACUGAAUCAGCAGCUGCUUGUAUUUCCAAGCCAGUGGAGAAAAUUCUGUUAGAUAAAGUUGAAGUAAGAACUGGAGAAGAAGCAGAACACAAUGUGUUACAGAUCAACUCCAAGCUCUUUGUAUUUAAUAAGCUUUCUUUAACCUGGAUUGAAAGAGGCAGAGGAUCCCUGAGGCUCAAUGACACUUGCAGCAAUAGAUACGGAAUGCUGCAGUCAAGGCUAAUUAUGCGACAUCAAGGCAGCUUGAGACUGAUUCUCAACACCCGACUCUGGGAUCAAAUGCUUAUAAAGAGAGCAGACAGAAAGAGCCUAUGCUUCACUGCAACAGACCAAGAGGACCAUUCCAUUAAAGUAUUUCUAAUUCAGGCAAGCUCCAAAGACACUGGGUACCUGUAUGCAGCAAUACAUCAUCGCCUUGUGGCAUUACGAAGCUUUGCUGAGCAAGAACCAGUUGCCAAUCAAGUAGACACAGAAGCAGAAAUAGCUUUUCAGGCACUAAACUCUGAUAGUGAUGAUGAAGACGAUGGAAAAAUAAGUGAACAGCAGUGGAUCUGAUCAUUCUGGAUGGAACUGCAAGCAGUCUGAAGGUCUGUUCAUAACAGCACAGAAUGGCUGGAGUGUGGGACCUUAAAGAUCCUCUAGUUCCAACCUCCAUUACACCUACCAGAAACUACAACAGUGUGGUUGGGAACUCAUGUUUCAAAAAUGUCUAGGCUGACUCUGUCCCUGGAGGGAGGAAAGCAGAUGCAUUUUGCUUUAUGAAUUUUAAGCAAAGAUUUAUUUUUAGGAACAGCAUAAGUUUAAUACAUUGACAAAAAGACUUGAGGAUUCCAGCCAGCCUGCUUUGCAGUGAGCUGGGAAUGACAUAAUGACUUCCACUAUUCAAGAACAGUUAAAAAGGCUUCAGGUUUUAGAAUAUAUGUAGAUACAUUACUAAACUAAGGAUUUUUAUAGAGAAUAAGUGAUUCUUCAUCAUAUUGAUGGACAAAACCUCAUAAACAUGAAGUAAUAGUAUACACAAAGCAUUUGUUACUUGUAUAUUUUAUUUAAAAGAUACAUUUGGAAAGCUUUAAGUCAGGCUCUACUGAAGACAUUUCUUUAAAACUGUGUGGCAACAUUCAGCAUCUUGUUUGUAAGUACAUACAAGCAGAACUGGUAUCAGUUCAACUUGACCAAGGCCCAUAGAAAUCAGCCUUCAAAACAAAGGGGUUUUGUGUUUGUUUUGAAAAUAUCUGGAGUUGUAAGCUGACUGUAGAAUUUUGUUGAACGGCAAAGAGUCACAACUGCUUUUACAGCUGUAAGCACCAGGAGAAUUCAUAAUAAAGAACUGCAAUCCAGUUUUAGGGGCACGGGAGCUUUAAAAUCCAAAAGUGCAUCUGCUUGCACUCACGAACAUCCUUUCAGUUGCACAAGACAAGAACCUGCACUGUUAAUUGUACAGAUGCAUUCAGGUCCACAUAAAAAAAUACCUCGAAUGUGUGAGAUUAUGAAAUUAGUUCUGCCUUAGCUGUAGCUGUCCCUAAGCAGCACCAUUCCUUGGAACAGGUAUCUCGUGCACUGUAAUGAGUGCCAACAGUGCCACAGACCUAGUCACUUUGCAAAAGUGAUUGCACAAACUGCUGUCUCAUGAGGAAUUAGAAAAAUCAGUUCUCUCUAAUGCCACCUGUGAACUAAGGCUUCAUAAAGCCAUGUGCAGUAUGGACAGCAUUUAUGCUUUCUUUUGCAUAUCCACUCUGUCAAAAGAUGAAGAAAAUAU